ACUUGUGGCAAGGUGUCCGUCCACUAACGAAAGCUCCAUCAACAUCAACUUCUCGAGCGCAACGCCCCACAACCACUUGAUAACUUUCUCAGAGUAGAAGUGGCCCUCUCCAGCAACUCAACAUGUCCGCGACACAGAAAAUCGCAGUCCACUCACUUUCCGAUCUCAAGAACACAACUGAUGAUGCUCUCCCAAACUACCUCCACUCACUCAAAUUCAAGCAACUACAUACCCAGACCGAUGUCCGGUUGGUAUUCGGUUAUACAGCCGUCAUCAUAGCUGGAGCGCUCUUCUAUUUUGACUGGAAGUUUGGAUGGGAAGCAUCGAAGCCGUAUACGUUGCCCGCAGUAGUCGCAUAUUUCCUCCUAAAUGGCGCAUUUACCUACUGGCUAUGGUUUGUGGAGAAUGGUGUAGUGUACGAGGGCGAGGGGAAGACGGGGAAGGUCCGGAUAUCAUCCUCGACCAAAAAACACAUCCCCAUCUACGAAUGCGACGUCAUCUUCACACCCACCCCAUACGGCUCCAACCCGCAACAAAAGCUCCACAUCCGUGCCCCAAUGACCCGCUGGUUCACCUCGGACGGCUACUUCAUUGCAAAGCCCUUCCAGCAAUGGCUCGCGUCGGAAGUCCCCGUUAUCGGCGCCGCGGAUCCGAACAAUGUGAUUGAAGAAAUUGGAAGGGGAAGCGGGGGCGAGGGCGGCUUGCCGACGAGCUUGAACUUGAAUAGCUCCAACGCCGUCGAGAUUCUGGAGCAGCUGAAGGCUAGUGGGGCGAAGGUCGCGAGUGGUGGUGGUGGCCAGCGGAGAAGAAAGGCGUAGACGAGGGCAUAUUGGGGACGAGACUAGAGUGGUCGGGGGUUCAAGCGGGCCAUAGGACGGCGUUUGGGACAUUAGACGCACAGCACAUGUGAUGAUUGUGUAGCACUGUCUACGCGAGAAUACCUACUUUGGGAAGUGCUUAGCUUCGAGGCUUCUAUCCAAGCCAACUUCAUCACCAGGA